UUUUGAACAAAUGUCAGCUCAUCAAGUUGCUCCAAGUGCUUUUGAUUUCAAACCACCGAAAGUAUCCUCCAAGAGAAAAAACAGAGCGAAUGAUAAGGAUAAAUGGAUAGCAAACCGCCCUUUUUUCGGAGGAUUUGGAGCCCAGACAAAGAACAAGCAUACAACUGUAUAUAAUAAUCAGACUAGCAAGUCUGCUGUCAGAGCAGGAGGUUUUCAGCUCCCUCCCUCCAGAGAGAAAAGGAACAGAGCUAAGGAACGGGAUAAUUUUGUUGUUUUUAACUCGACUAAGGCCCAGAAUACCUCUUAUAGGGGGAUUGGAAGAGAUCCCAACAUGGGAGUUAACAUUGAGCAGAAAAAGAAAUCAGCUCCCAGAGCAGGAGGAUUUCGAAUCAGCAUCAAAAAGAAAAAGAAUAGACUUGAAGAACUUAAGAAACUCAAAAAUCUUAAUGCUGAUAGCCAGGGAAGAUGGGUUCCUGCCCCUGCUGCUAAAGAGAUAGCACAGUCAAAUAGGGAAGAAGUUAAAAAUCAAAAUAACAAUUUGCAAAGACAAUCUUCUUCAAGAGUAACAAAAAGGAAACCUCUCGUGAGACUUAAGAAGCCUCCACAGUCUGACUUAGCCGAUCGGCCAAUUAGAGGGAAAAUUCCUGGAAAUCACAUUCCUCCAUUAGAAAAUAGACAAGGUACCAGAUUUGAGAGGUUUAUGCUUGAGGAAAGUAAAUCAGAACAGUUCACCAAUCUGGAAGAGCAUAACCAACUUCCAUUAUCUCACAUCAACAAUGAAUUUUCUAAUCUUCCUGAAGAAACUUCUGAGGAAGAAAAAUAUUAUCAGCACAGAAUCGUUCAGGAAGAACUACAAAACGCCGAGCAGAUAAUCUCUUCGGAAGUUGCUCAGAAAACAGAAAAUAGAACCGAUUCAGUACAAGUAGAUGAGGGAGCAGAGGAAGUUAAGAAGGAAUUCAAUAAAUCAGGAAGAAGUAAGCGAAAGAAAUGGGAUACUGGUGGCAGCAAUAAAGUCACAAUUCCUACAAAUAUCAACGAUAAUGUGAAUCCAAAAACAGCUACUCAGCUAUCUCAGUUGCACAAUAUUGAGGACAAGGCUGCGAAACAGGAUGAAGCUAUUAAUAAAAUUUAUGCUCAUAUUGAAGAGCAGAAGAAGCUUGAUGAGGAGCUACAAAAGAAGGCAACUAGAGAGAAAGUAUCAAAACCUAUCCCUCCUCAAGCUCCACCGAAGAAUGGACUCUUCUCUGUUGAUAGCUUGCUCAACCAGAUCAGUGGACCCGAUCCUGAUGAAUCCAGAGAGAGCAGUACCAAAAAGAAGAAAGCUAGUAUUAAGAAAGUCAAUAAUAUUGUGGAGAGACUCUCCCAACCAAAAACUAGUCAACCCAGAAGAGAUCCUGACGAAGAAGAGCUCAGAUCUAUCAUGAAUAAAUAUGACACUACUGAAAAGAGGAUUGGUGGAGGAGGUAAGAAAGAAUUCAAGUACAUUAACCCACUUCCUUCUCAAUCUUCUGGAUCCUUGAGAAAGAAGAAUAUCAAAUUUAAACCUCAGUAUGAUAACAGAGAUAUUCUGGAUGAGAUAGAUGAGAUAGAGGAUGAGUACCAAUCCUCAAAAAUGAAUACAGAAACUCUCCCAAAGGAUAUUGUAACUUCUCAAGAGGAUACUCUACUUGCAGAGACUCUUUGUAAAGAAAUUCUCCCGAAAGAAGAGACAAAGGUUCUCGACACACUGAUCACGACUAAAAGUCACUUAGAAACUAAUAAAAUCAGCGAGCAUGUUACAAUGGUUGAUAAUGCAAUGAAUGAAAUCUUAGGUGGGCAAGAUGAGAGAACCUUUAUUGAAGUUAACGAAACAAAUCAUGCAACACCUCAAGAAGAAGAUAAAUUCACUCCAAUGAAGGAGAAAUCAGUGAAAAUUAUGAAUGAUACUCAGGUCCAGCAAGAAUAUCUAAAUAUCCCUGUGAAAGACACUCCAAAAAGAAGUUCCUUUGACUCAUUGAAUGAAAGAGUUAUUUUAAACAACCAUCUUGCAUCUCCUGGUGGCCAAAGUGAUCUAAAUGAAAGAGAUAUUGAUCUUGAAGAACAAUAUGAGCAAUUAAUGAGAGGAGAUAAAGCAAGUCAUCAAUCUGAUAACCAUGGUAGCGGGAGUGACACAGAUAGCCUCAAUGACAUCGAUGAGGAUCUUACAAAGCUCUACACAGGCUUGUAGUGCUCCUAGCCAUAAUUUUCUAAUAUAAUUAUGAAAUCAUUUUUAUCAAUAAUCGAAACAAAUUAC